AUUUCAGCCGAUAUUCAUAGUGCACUGAUAAGAGAGAUAACAAAGUGUACCGUAUUUAUUCCACUCACAAAAUUAUCAGUUACAUGCCGAUUCUAAAGGAAUACUCAUCAUGGUUCGCGAUCGUAUGCCCGAUUUGCGUGCCAGCCGAAGCAACAGCAGUACCUUUGGCAGAGGAUUCCUGCAGGACGUACAUCUUCAAAUAGCUCAAAACAAAAAGCUGAAGGAGGUGCUCGACGAAGCCGAAGAAAUACGCACUCUGAUCCACCUUAUAGUCGAGAAUGUUUCUAUCGUGAAGAAUUUGCAUAACAAUAUCCUGUCACAUACAAACAAGGACUUACAAAAAGAACUGGAGACUCGCACAUGUACAAUUUCGCAAACGGCUUUUCGUGUACAGCGAAAAUUACGAGAGAUAGGAAAAGAUAUUGCUGCCAUUGAUGAUUUUACUGCAGCGCAAGAUGAACCUGUGUACACGAGAAUUAAGACGAUACAGUACACAACUAUGUUGCAAUCGUUUUCUGAAAUCAUGGAGAAUUAUAAUGCCUCGUUACUGAAAUAUCAUGAUAAAUGCCUCUUGCUUUUGCAACAGCAACGUUUCCUAUUAAGACGGCAAGUUACAAGCAUGGAGCUGGAUCAUAUGCUUGAUACUCAAGAAACUAGCUUAUUUGUCGAUAAUAUUUUAGAAGACAGCAAGGUAGCAAGGCAACAAUUGUCCGACAUAAAAAGUAGACAUAACGAAGUUCUAAAAUUGGAAAAAUCUCUCACAGAGAUCAGAGAUAUGUUUGCGGAAAUGGCAUUUUUAAUUGAAAAACAAGGUGAACAAGUUAAUAAUAUAGAACAUUUCGCUAAUAAGACCACGUAUAAUAUAGAUAGCGGACGCAUUCACCUCAAAAAGUCGGAACAAAAGAGUCACAGGUAUAGAAAGCGGAAAAUCAAGAUUGCCAUUAUCAUAAGUAUAAUAAUAAUAAUUUUGCUUUUAUUUAUUAUCGUACUUUAAAGACUAUACAAGAUAUCCUAUAAAUGUAGUUGAUGAUUUUAAUAUUGUUGAAAGUUAUGAAUAAAAGUAUUAUGUGUAUGUGAUAAA